GUGGCUGGGUGUGUGGCUGCCCACAUGCCCCAUAGACCAGUACCUCUUGACCCAGCCAGGCCCCAGCGCACACAGUUGCAGAAAGGAAAGAAACUCCCUUGACUUCAAAAUGACAUCUGGAGAAGCGAAAACAAGCCUCAAGAAUGUCUACCCAUCUGCCAAGAGGCUGUCCCUGAAGGCGGAGGAGGACAGGGAGACAGAGGAAUACUGCACCCCUGGAGCCUUCGAGCUGGAGCGGCUCUUCUGGAAGGGCAGUCCCCAGUACACGCACGUCAACGAGGUCUGGCCCAGGCUCUACAUUGGCGAUGAGGCGACGGCGCUGGACCGCUAUGGGCUGCAGAAGGCAGGCUUCACGCACGUGCUGAACGCGGCGCACGGCCGCUGGAACGUGGACACCGGGCCCGACUACUACCGCGACAUGACCAUCGAGUAUCACGGCGUCGAGGCCGACGACGUGCCCACCUUCGACCUCAGCGUCUUCUUCUACUCCGCAGCGGCCUUCGUGGACUCUGCGCUUCAGGACGACCGCAAUAAGAUCCUGGUUCACUGCGCCAUGGGUCGCAGCCGGUCAGCAACCCUGGUCCUGGCCUACCUAAUGAUCCACAGGAACAUGACUCUGGUGGAUGCCAUCCAACAAGUGGCCAAGAACCGCUGCGUCCUACCCAAUCGGGGCUUUCUGAAGCAACUUCGAGAACUGGACAAGCAGCUGGUACAGCAGAGGCGACAGGCCCAGCGUGGGGACAUCCCGGAGGAGCCAUAGGGUCCUCUUCGUCAUCAAACACUGACUCUUGGGAUGGAGGAUGAAAGGCUGAAAUGGCACUGUCCUGUGACUUUAGUCACAGAGAAGGGACAGUGAAACCAAAGCUUGACUUCUUCAUAAUAAUCUUAUUAAACUUCCCAGUGUGUGCUGAGAGCAGGGAGGCUUCAGAGCCGCCUCCUGGCAGAGUCCAGGCCUCAGCCCCGUGGGGGGAGACUGGCGCCCGGCUCAAUUGGUUGCAGAUGAGAGCACCGUUCUGCACAGUCUCCUGUGAUUUUUUUUUUUUUUUUAAGAUGGAAACAGAAAAGGAUUUUAAAAUGUGUGGGAAUUGUGUUGUGAUUAAAUGUUUGGCUUUGUCUGAACGAAAAGUUACAUUCUUAUAAAAAAUAAUUUUAAAAUAGAACUUGAUUUUCUAUAAACACAGAAAAGUGCCUGUGCAGCUGUUACAGGAGAGCUUUCACAGGUAUCAGGGAAGGGGGUGCACCCGCAUUCUUUACCCAUGGAAUCCCCAGGUCACCAUCCUCGGAUGCUGCUGGCCUGGCAGGGGUAGGGAGUGGGGUCCUAAGCCCCUUAGAGCCCCUUGCCCUUGGCUUCCUGCCUGCCUCAGGGAGCCAGGGCUCUUCUGAAUGGUGGCCAGAACUGCCACUACUCAGACAAAUUCAAUAAAUUGUGGCAAAUUUGGACAAGCAAGAGUUUGGCUUUAUAAUCUUGCACAAAAUGAGGGAAAGGAUGACACUUCCCAGCAGACCAGGAUCCUGCCUCUAGUCAGAGCAGCUGGGACUGGGUUGUUUUCAGCCCCACCAGGAAGUAUUUAUAAAGGGGUCUGCUGUGGCAUGGGAGGAUGGGGCAGCCAGUGGGGCUCAGGGCUGAGGUCAGCUCUCACAGCUAAGCCGCUCACUGUGAGCAUGUGUGCUCUGUUCUUGAGAAAACAGUAGCAGCACCAAGUGGGUAGUGGUGACUUCUGGAGCCAGGAACCUGAACCAGACUGAACCCAAAGAGAGAUGCUGGGGGUGAAGAUACUAGCAGUCAAGGACCAGAAAUGGAAACCACCUGGAAAAAGCCAAGAGCAUGAGUCCUCCCGGGAAACAAUGAAAAAGGGUCAGGUCUCCAGUUUGGUUGUGAUUCUCAAUAGAAUAAAAGAGGGAGUUCUUGCUAGAGGGAGGUAAGAGUCCAGGGAAUCAGCAGCUGGAUAAAGCCACCCAACAGUCUCCCUAUGACCUCAGGGAAGUUGUGUCCUGGGCCCUUAUACCAGGACUUGGUUCCUCAGGACUGCCCUGGUUCUGCUCUGGGAGGGUCACCUUGGCCCAAGAGAAGUCUGGUCCUCAGAUUAACAUGCACAUGAAGGGGAUUCCCCUGAGAAGUCCCCUCCCGGCCACCAUGUUAAAACCCUGAAACAUUGCAAGGGAAUUGCAAAGCAAAAAGGCAAAGCUGAAAUGGAAAUAUGUUUAGUAAACUGAUCUUGGCGGGUAAGAUUGAAAAGAUGGGAUGUUCCCUCUGAAAUUGGGACAGGGCUAAAUGGGACAGGGGUUAGGCUGGAUCAGCCACAACUCUUGUGAUUGUGAGGGAGAGAACAGUGUUGUAGGGGCAUAAUGACCAAGGGUGAUGGAAUUGCUUGACAACUCAGGUUGGAGUGUAAUGGGAGCCAUGUAUGGGCUCUUGGGAAAGAGAUGCAGACCUAAAGACUCAUAGUGAUCUCUACCUGGGUUUUCCUAUCACGGCAUUCCAAUGGCUGCUCUCUGAACAGUUUUCUCUUAGGUCUGAUCUAUUCCAUGCCCAGACACAAAUCAUUACUUCUAUUUUAAUGAACUAUUUACAUUUAAAUGAAUUCCCUUUAGGGAGGAUGUGUUUUCUUGAGCAUCUACCACCCUUGUAUCUCCCUGUAUGCCACCAUCUCUUUGUAAAGCUAAGUCCUGCUGAUGGCAGAAGCAGCAGAGAACUUAACACUAGAGGGUCUGACUCUUCUGGUGACUCCUGAAAGCCAGAGAUAGAAGAAAGUUUUUCCAAUAGUGUUUCACAUCUUCACAAGUAAAAUGUUCAUUCGAUCCACAAAUAUUUGUUGAGAAUGUACUACAUGCCAACAGUUGCAUUAUAAUGGAGGCCAAAAAUAAAAACAAGUGUGGGUUGUAAUAGAAAUACAAUAAGGGAGAUGGGUGCUAAGGUGGGCAGCAAUAGGAAGCAUGGGGAGAGCAACCUACUUUAGAAGCCGAGUGGUGAAGGGCAACCUCUCUGACAAGUAAGCUUAGGCUUGAAGUCAGCACACCCUUCCAAGGUGGAGGGAGCACUCUAGGCUGAGGAACUGCAGGUCAGGUGACAGGGGAGUGCAAGGAAAGGGGUAGAGAGGUUAGGUUUUAUUCCCAGUGCAAAGAAAAACCACUGACAGAUUUUAAGCAGGGAAAUGGUGUGAGCUCUUUCAAGAUCACUCCAGAAAAAAUCACUUUGGCCGAAGUGUGGAGAAUGGGUUACAGGAAAUUGAGAAGGGAGACCAGAAGAUCAGUUAGGGGGGUGUUACAGGAAAGGGGAAGGUGGUCUGGACUGAUGAUGCCAGGAUUUGCGUUCAAGAUUAUUUUGGAAUUAUGCGGGAAGAGGGGAGGACUUGCUGAGAGGAGAGAAAUGAAGGUCAGCGAACUGGGUAUGACUUCAGUAUGGCAUGUCCAUAAGACACAGAAAGGUGUCCCGUCAUUUGAUCAGGACUCUAGAGCUCAGAGGAGUGUGCACAAUUGGAGAUACAAAUACAGUGAAGGGGUAGAACCUGAAGUCACCAUACUAGAUAAGGACACCAAGAGGAUGCUUCAGGCCAGAGUGUUGCAGAACAUGAACAUUUGCAGCCGGGCCUAGGUGGAAUCUGGGAAUGGGAACAAAGAAGGUAGCAGGCGUCAGGGGAGCCUGGGCACAGACACUGAAGGCACUGCUGGGUAACACAACGGUACUUACACUGUCAGUAUAUCAGGCUGACUGCAGAGCAAGGCUUGCUUGCAACAACAAAGGAACCUAUAUUUAUAUAGCACUUAACAGUUUUUACAGCAUCGUGUAUUCAUUAGUUAAGCCUUUAAACCAGAGAGGUGACGAGUUAGAGCCUUUUCCCGGGAUACAGUAUUUUAGGAGAAAGAGUUGUGAUUUGGGAAUCCUGGGUUUGUUUCAGCUUACAAAUUUUAGCUGGGUGAGUUCAGGCAAUUAGGUUAGCUUCUUUGAGCCUUGAUUUCCUGAUCUGUAAAUGAAAAUGACCACCCCAUUUCCCACACAGGGUGAGCAUGUGGAUCAGGCAGAAGGGCUGUUGGUGAAAGCUUUUUGUGACAAUGUUGUGAGUCGUUAUUUCUAAAACACCAUGUUGGUGAAAAAGGCCAAAGUCCGAGGCCCAUGUACCUAGGGUGGUGUCAUGAAAGUAGGUUGGCAACAGACGUUAGACUUUCAUGAAAUAAAUGAACAAGAACACAUUACUGGUUUUUAAAGAUGUGGCCUGUGAAUGAAUCCCAACCUAAUGGGGAGUGUAUUCAGUUGUGAUGAAUCCAAGUCCAAGUCCUGUUUUCCAGGAUCUGUGGUGUCACAUUCAGAUCUGAAUUUUCCAGCGAGUGGGUGGGUGAGGAGACAGCAAAUUGCUCUGCAGCCAUCCCAGCUGUGCAAUUUCUCUCCUAUGCUAAACCUUUCUGACCCCUCAAGAAUGUUGGAACUUGGGGCUCAAAGACAGCUCCCAGACGUGACUGUGCCAGUCUCUGUGAGACACAAGGUGUCUCUAGUGCUGGUCUUGAUCUGGUGUGGCAGGUUUGGGGCAGUGACUGGGAUUUGUCCACAAGCUAGCUAGAGGGCUGUGGGGCAGGCAGGAGUGGGCACAUUGGCGCUCCACAUUCCACAAACCCAACAGUGUAAUCAGCAAAGGGAACACAGGGGAGUCUCCAGGGUCCCCCAAAACUUAAAGCAAUAGGAAAGAGACUGAAAUCAUGACAGUUUCAAGGUGGGGCCUGUGGGAGUCCUGAGGCUUCCCAGGCUCAGGCAGCCUCAUGCCUGAUGGGUGGCCAUUUCUGACCUGCUACAACCAUGGAUUCAUACAAGCCACACACGGCCCAGUUGGGUGGAUGGGAAGUCAACUUUUGCCACAGCAGCCCUUGCAGAAGCAUCUUCCUGGAAGCUCUCCCUCCUACAGGCAUUGCCCACUUUGCAGGUGUGGAAGGAAGGGACUCGAGGGAAAAUUGUGGAUGUUAAACCCAGUAUGACUGCAACUAACUGAAAGAAAAUGAUGAUGCAGAUGAGAGCACAAGGCCUGGCUCGCCAGGCAUCCUCCCUCCACACGGACCCUUUAUCCUGGUGUGCGCACUCUGUCCUACCUUUUCAGGGUUUUAUUUUGAGAUCAUUUUAAGGUUUGUAUCUAGAAUAUGUGUAACACAUAAUUAUUAUGUGCUGAAACAACAGUAGUGACUUGCUUAGUGGAGAGUUAUGAACACAUAUUUCUAGACUUAGUGCUUGAGUAAUGUUUAAACUUUCAUGCAAAACUUUCUCUGAAUGCCAUUAAAUAAUGUUUGUGAAUAUUUUCCCCCUUGGUCUGACCUUUUAGACUAAAGAAAACAUACAAUCAAUCAUUCACAACAGAGCAAAACUUUCACACUUAAAGGAAAUAAAUU